UGCAGAUGUCGCAAUUGGCUUUUUGAAUGAAAAAGACGUUAUUUUCGCAGGCACACCGGAAAAAAGCAGGUUUAAACAAGACAUGAUUGCAAAUGUACGUGAAAAAUAAAGUAUAUUGUUUAUAGUUUUUGUGCAAUAAUGUGAGUAUUGAAGUGUGUUUUUAAAUCCAAGGAAGACGAAACUUUUUUUUAAUCACAAACAUUUAUAUAUACUUGCGCUUGUCACAACUUGUCGUGCAUGUACCUUAUACAUAAACUUCUUCUCCUUCUACAGUAAAUAAGAUUUCAUCUGCUUAUUUUCAAUCACAAUUUCCACGAUGGAAGGAUGGACGAGGGACAGAAUAUUACAAAUUAUAUCUUCGGAUAUGGAACGUUUAAAUGCCGAAAAAGCAGAAAUAUCAAAAUUUCUCGUUGAUAUUGUUAAUGAAAGUAAAGAAUCAAUGGGUUCAUUAUUUGAACAAAUAAAAGAAUCGUCAUCUAGGCCAUUAAUUCCAAAAACUCCAAAAGUAGUGAGAAAGAAGAAUUUGAAGAAAAUUGAAACAAUACCAGAAGACGAUUUGGUAGAAAUCGAAAAAUUAACUGUGAAAACAUUAAGAAAAGAGUCUGAAAUUCAGAAUAGUGAUGAACCACUUGAUACAAGACGAAAAUCAAAGAGAGAAGCGUUGAAAAAAGCUGGUGAUGUUAUUAGGCAACAGCAGUCUAUUACUCUCAAUAGUAAAAUGCGAAGACCCAGUGACGAUAGUGAUAAUACAACAUAUAGCAAGGCUUCUACAGCACGUGAGAGUCAAGUAAAACGUCUACAUUCAAUAAGAAGCUCGGACGAAGAAGAGUCAAAUCAUCCGAAGAAACAAAUAAAGAAAGAGCCUCGUUCAAGUACAAGAUUAACAAGAAGUAAACAAAUCGAAGAUCCAGUUUUGAGUUCAAACGAGGAGGAAAUCUUUGAAGCUCCAACAAGAAAUAAAUCCACGAUGAAACGAAAACUCGACAGUAUUGAAUCACGAGGAUCAAAGAGAACACUCUCGCCACGAAGUUCCGAACCAAAUUCAAAGAAAGCAAACAUUAUUGAUGAAACCAUUGACGGUCCAAGUCCCGAUGACACUAUGGAACCUUCCAUGUACGAAGAUGCAAUCGGCAAAGCAGUUCCCAUAAUGAAUUCAACAAUGAAACCAACAUCCCUCGGCAAUCAAACUCGUGUCAUUUCAAAAACAUCACUCAACAAUCAAACUCAUGUCGUAAAUGAAACUCGUAUAUUAAAUCAAGCCGACAAUAAUGAUACACUCACAAAUAAUUCCUCAUCACAAAAUCAAACACACACAAAAAUGAUGAAUUUAACCGUUGUUCUUGAAAAUGUUAAACCAAUUACGGAAAAUGGAAGAAUUUCAAGAACUCGCAGUGGAAAAUCAAAUGAACUUGUUAAAGAAGCAUUUACCGUUCCAGUUGCAAUUCCUCGUGUUACUUUAACGAAAAUGAAAUCAGUUCCCGAAAGUGAUCCAUUGAUAACAGACGACGAAUCAUCGCCAGAGAGAAAAUUGCCGAAAGAAAAGAAGAUGUCGAAGAAAAUUGAGAAGAAGAGGGAGAUUGAAGUUAAGCAGAAACGAGUAACAAGAUCGAGUUUAUUGAGUGAUGAGGAAGUUGAUUUGACUCCUGGUAGGAAAAUACUUGGCGAAAUUAAUAGAGAAAAGAAUCAAGAGUCGAAGAGUAAAUUAAAGAAAAAUAUGUUAUUCAGUCCUUAUUCGAAGGAAUCGGUGAAAAAGAAGAUUGAGGCGUUUGAACAAGCUGGACUUUCAAACCCAAUUGAAGUUGAUACGGGAAUGCGACUCACGAGAACAAAAACUCGAGCUCUUGCUGCUGCCAGUGACACCGAUCAAAGUUCGUCCAGUUCUUCAAUUACGCAAAAAUUGGCACGCAAAUCACUCGCUAAGGCGAAACAAAUUUCCCGCGCAAAGGACGCUAAGGAAUCUGAAGACGCUAAAGAGAAUCCUUCGCAUUUGAAAUUCCCUACAAAUGAUAAGUUGGUGCAAAAACAACAGCUCAGAACAACUCCAAAUUCGAAGAUUCGACCACCAAUGCCUUCUUCAUCUAGUCGAGGAGGAUUCACGACACCAUCAAAUCCUCAAUCUCUCUCUAACUAUUCCAAGACAAUGACAGGAUCGCGCACAAAUAUUGUGACGAAUGUGGACACAUUUAUUCAAGUGAAAGGAUCUGCACAAAAGCCGACUUCAAAUGAUAAAUUAUUGGAGGAAAGAAAAAGAAAGCAACAAGAAGAAGAUUCCAAAAAGAAACGUGAAGAACUUCUGAAAGCCCAAACGGAAGAAAGAAAAAGAAAACGCGAAGAAAAAGAGCAAAAGAAUCGUCUCGCGAGGGAAGCCAAAGAAAGGCAGGAGAUGGAAAGAAGAUUACAGUUGGAGAAGGACAAAGCUGAUAAAGAAAAGAAGAUGCAACACUUACAAGAGAUUCAGAGAAUUGAAAAUGAAAAGAAGCGAAUGGCUUAUCAAAAACGUGUUUUGGAGAAGGAAGAAAAGCGUAAACUAGAAGAAGAAAUGCGAUUACAACGACUACGAGAACAAGAGGAAACGGAGAGGCAAUUGGCCGAGCAAAAGCGACGGGAGCAAGAAGUUGAGAAACGAAGAAUUGCCGAAAUAAAAGCCCAACAAGCUGCUGCUGAAAUGGCAAAAAUUAAAGUUAAUAUGAUGUCAGCUCAAGCCAAGAAACAAGCAACGGCUCAAAAUAAAUUAAUAAACAGCUACAAAAUCGAUAGUGAGCCUGAUAGUGAUUCUGAUGAUGAGCUGAGGCCAAAACAUGAUAUUCCAACUUGGGCUAAAAGUUCUUAUCGACUCAAGCACUUGGCAAUGCAGGAAUAUGUUCCAAUGCAAGCAGUAAUGGAACUUUUUAAUGUUAGAAAAUGUUCACCAGAUUUAUCCGAAUUAUUCCAGGGAAUUGAUAAAAACAGAUUGAAACGUACGUCGAGUGCAAUUUGGAAGACGCCACCUCGAUUCUCCAUGAUGGAUGCAAUAAAUUGAAAUAACUUUUUUUUAAAAGAAAAAAAAAAGAUGAUUCUUAAAUAUCCUUUUAAUUCAAAUAAGGAACUUUCGAAAGUAAAUUGAAAAAUGCUUCGAUUCAUAAUCAAUAUUUGUUUACAGUAUUUUAUUUUUAAUGUUGAGAAGCGUCAAGUACUUUUUUAUUAAUUUAGUAUAAGAAAACUUCGCUUCUAAAUUUGUUACAAUUUUUUUACUUUUUAAAGUGACUUUUUAGAGUGAAUUUUUUUUUUUAAACGCAUGCAUUCAUUUGUUUAUCAAUUCAACACGGAUUAUUAUUAAAUUUAAUAUAUUAAUAAAAGUAUUGAGUGUGUGAGAGGAAAAGAAAAACGAUUAGAAAAAUGAAAAGAGUAGGAAAUUUUUGAGACGGCAAAUCGCUGGGCAUGUUUUUAUACAUAUUUUCUUAUAAAUAAUUGAAACAAUGUAUAGGCAUAAAAAUUGUUUCUCAAUAAACAGUUAUUUUUUAUCAAAAAAAUUAAUAUGCGAUUUAGCGAUAAAUUUGGUUAAAAUUUUUUUCUAAAUUUUAACUGCUUUUUUUAUUAUUUUAAUGAUGUGGCCCAAAUGGAAAAAAACAGAUGCACAUGAUUUUAAUAACAAAAUUUUUGUCAAUUUCUUCUGGAAAAUAUUUUAUAUUAUUAAACAUUUAAUUAUAACGACGCUUCUUAAAGAAUUUAAUGAUUUUAAUUCUUUAAAAAAAGAAAAGAAUAGAUACGCACGUGCUACUUCUAAAUGAGCAAUGGUGCAGGAAUUAUUACACGUUCAAGUUCAUCUGUCUUUAAAUAAUUGUAAACUGGAAUCUAAAUGUUUGAAGAUAUCAAUCAAAUAUUUAUGAAUGUCCGUAUUUAUGUUUAAAAAAAAAUUUAAUUUCAUUAAUUAUUUAAUAAAUAAAAUUAAACAAAA